UAUUCCAGUGUGAAAGAGCCGGUCCAGUCCAUCCGUACCUCUCCAGUUCCCUGAUCAGCCAGCCUCCAACCGGCAGCCGAACGCCAGGCACACACACACACACACGCACACACGCACACAGGAAUAUCUCUUCUCUGUAAGAGUGGUCUUGAGGAGCAUGUUGUGACGGCCAUGCCUCUAGAGAUGGAGAAGACCGUCACCAAGCUGAUGUACGACUUCCAGAGGAACUCUACCUCUGAUGAUGAUUCUGGAUGUGCACUCGAGGAAUAUGCCUGGGUCCCUCCUGGUCUAAAUCCUGAACAGGUGCAUCAGUAUUACAACUCCUUACCAGAAGAGAAGGUUCCCUAUGUAAACAGCCCUGGAGAGAAAUAUCGUAUCAAACAACUGCUUCACCAGUUGCCACCACAUGACAAUGAGGUGCGCUACUGUAAUACCCUGGAUGAAGAGGAGAAGAGAGAGCUGAAGUUGUUCAGCAAUCAACGGAAGAAAGAAAACUUGGGCCGAGGCAAUGUCCGGCCUUUCCCACUCACUAUCAAUGGGACCAUCUGUGAACAGUGUGGGGGACAGAUAAAUGGAGGAGACAUUGUAGUGUUUGCUGUGAGGGCGGGCCAUGGGCAGUGCUGGCAUCCUCAUUGCUUUGUGUGCAGCAUGUGUGAGGAACUUUUGGUGGAUCUCAUCUACUUCUACCAGGAUGGCAAGAUCUAUUGUGGCCGACACCAUGCUGAGAGGCUGAAACCCCGCUGUUGUGCCUGUGAUGAGAUAAUAUUCGCCGAUGAGUGCACCGAGGCGGAGGGCAGGCACUGGCACAUGAAGCACUUCUGCUGCUUCGAGUGUGAGGCCACCCUUGGUGGCCAGCGCUACAUCAUGAAGGACGGACGGCCGCACUGCUGUAACUGCUUCGAGUCUCUUUACGCAGAGUACUGUGACUCAUGUGGAGAACACAUAGGCAUUGACCAAGGCCAGAUGACUUAUGAUGGGCAACACUGGCAUGCAACAGAGGAAUGUUUUUGUUGUGCCCAUUGUAAACGCUCACUGCUAGGUCGACCAUUCCUGCCCAAGCAGGGGCAAAUCUUCUGCUCACGUUCCUGCAGUGCUGGACAGGAUCCAGAUGAGUCCGACUCCUCAGAUUCAGCCUUUCAGAGCGCCCGUUCCCGUGAGUCCCGCCAUAGCACCAAGAUUGGGAAGAAAGAGCGCCGUAAUGCCGAGCAGGAACGGCGGAGUGCCGAGGCCCGCCAGCCAGCUCCCCCACCCAUGCCCGACCGUCUGUCAGCUGAAAUAGAUCCCAUGUCUGUUCAGAUGGACCGCCUGAGCCUCUCGUCUGGUCAGACCCCGAGCAGAACCCCCAGCCGCACCCCGAGCCGCACCCCCAGCCUGAACCAGGUGUGGAUGAGCCGGGAUGAACCCUACUCCUCUGCUGCCUAUGAGGGUUCCCAAAUGGAUCAAUCCCCAACCCCGACACCCAUACAGCUGCUGGGCCAGUGUAACCCAAGACAAGGCUACAAUCCCACCCCUAACCCUCACCCCCCAGCACAAAGCCCUGUCAACCCAGGAAAGAGGCCUGACUCCUGGGCAAAGGAGCAAGGCAACACCAAGAGAACCCCCAUGGCUGCCCUCAGGGGCCACUCCUUCAAUGAGAACUGGAUCCACCACAGCCAGGAUGAGUUCAGGCCCACCAAGCUGCGCACUCAAAUGAGCUUCAAUGAGAUGUCUAGCCAGAAUCAGGGCUUCUCAGAUAAAAGGAGCAUUAGUAUGCAUGGAUUCCAGAGAGACAGCCGGCCUCCGCUUACCAGGAGGAACCCUAUCAAUGGCAUGAGCUUCAAUGAGCCGCUAACUCCUCUAGAGCAGACUCCUCGAGGAUCCAUGGACUCCCUUACCAUGUCCAAUGCUACAGGUAACUCUCUGGAUGGGGUCUCCAAGCGUCAGGAGCAUCUGUCCAGAUUCUCCAUGCCUGACCUGAGUAAAGACUCCGGUGUGAAUGUGUCAGAGAAGAGCAACAUGGGCACUCUCAGCUCCUCAGUUCAAUUUCACAGCACAGAGUCCCUGUCCUCCUCCCGGCCUUAUGGGAACAUGGACGCUCCGCUGAGGAUGGGCUAUCCCCUGCAGUACUGGAACGCCCCCCAGCCACUGGCCUUUAACGGCAAAGGUCGUGUUGGGCUGGUGGGCAGCAGUGGAAACCUACGUAUGACUCCCAUGAGUGAGAGAACCCCCCGUCGGCGCAUGACUGGGCAGGAACCCGUGUCCCAACAACAGCAAGUGCCACCAAGGCGCCGCAAACACCAUCGCGGUAACCAUGAUAAAAGCCAUCACCGCGGAGGAACCCACCACAAGCGCUCUCGCCGUUCCCGCUCUGACAACGCCCUCCAUCUGGCGGCCGACCGGCCCACUCACAUGGUGGACCCGCCCCACCGGCACAUUCAGGAGGACUACGACUGCUUCCCCUCCGGCCAUGCUGCCAGGGAGCUGUUUGGCCAAGGUGCGGGCGGGCACAGGCAGCAUGCCUUCCGGCCCUGUCCCCGGACCACCUCAGAUCUUACUUUACAAAAUGCCGGUUGGCAACCUCCAGGGCUGGGCGGGCCAUACUGGGGCGAUGGUUACAGGGAGGUGGCUGACCCAUGGUGUUCAAGCUGUUCCUCCUCCUCAGAGUCUGAGGAAGAUGAGGGUUAUUUCCUUGGGGAGCCUAUCCCUCGGCCUGUGCAGCUGCACUACAUCAACAAUGAGGAGCUGCGUCACCGCUACGGCCCCCCUGGGAUGGGAAACCAUCAUGGACCUCUGCACGGACCAAUUCACAGCCAGCUGCACACCCGCCAGAGGAGGAAGAGCAAGAACUGCGUAGUCUGUUAGAUUUAGAAUUAACUUGAUGGGGAGGAAUUAGCAGGAGAGAGAGGGAGCGAGGAAGUGUGAAGGUGAGAGUAUUUGAGAGUGUAAAAGAACAGACGAAGAGAAAGAGUUUGUGGAUGGAAGGAUGAAGAAAUAAAAAGGCACUUUCUGGAUCUAUGUGAGCUUACGCAACCAUACACUGGCUAGUGUUUGUGUCCACCUCCACAGUAUGAUCUAAUCAGGAGAGGAAGCUUAGCUGGCUUACACAACCAAAAUGUUUACAGUGAUGGAGAUAG